GGCCAGAUGGUGACGGCGAAUGGUAGCGACCGCGUAAAAUGUGCAGGGAAAAUAUCCGUAAAUCGUUGAUCUUGUCCCUCACUGUCUCGCAGGCGUACCUAUUAGCUGUAAUGAUUCGUUAGCUGAGUGUAUCUCAUCAGGGGCACGAUUGUCGCUGAAAGCUGAAGGCUUGUAACUUUUUCCGAUUAUUGUUAAAAAGUGUCAAUAAUCAUACUGAAUAUGUCAACUACCUUUCAAGCCCAAAUUUCCUGCUUAGGGAGCAAAACUAAAUACUUGGCAGAGCUUAAGAAGCCAGUUAUCCGCCCCUUGAUACAACUUGCUGUAAAAUCGAUUCAAAGAGAUCACAUUGAAGAAGGAGUUCUGGAUAGAAUAUGUGAAAAGUAUAAUGUUUCUCAGGAAAAUAUUGACCAAUGGUAUAGUGCGGUUUUGAAAAUUUUACACACACAUCUGCGUUAUCCAUCGGGCUCUGUUAAACCUGCAGAAUUUAAGGAAUGUCUUCAAGAUUUGAAAUUGUCACCUGAUUGCAUAGAAGAUUUAUCUACUGUGGUUUAUGGCCAAAGAAGAGCGGUUCUAGUUAAUGAAUUACUAUACAUCACAAAGUUUUAUCCACAUAUAAAAUCCUGUCGAUGGAGAAUAGACAUUAACAUUUCCUCGAGCGUCUUGUCGAGAAUUAUGGAACCAAGUAUUAUAAUGGAAUGGACAUUAAGCUCAGGCGAGUGCAAAACGUUUGAAUUAUCUAUGGCCAAAUUUCAUCAACUUAGACACGCAGUAGCCAGUCUUCUGAGAGAGAUUCAAAUGUUUGAACGACGCAAUACAUUAAAAAAUUAUUCUACUCCUAGUAUAGAAAUGAAAUAAGUAACAAAUAGUUGUAAAUAUAUGCCCAGGGAAACAAGAAUUGUAAUAUACAAUAUUACGAGUGCCAUUACAAAUGUGAUACCAAUUACAAAGAAAAUAUCGUUUUUAUAUGAUAACCAAAACAUUUUACUUGUGCAUACUUUUGUAACAAUAAUAGCUGAUACCAUAGCGUAGUACAUAUAAUAUUCUUUAUAUAAGUAUAACAGAAGAAGAAAAAGGAUAAAAUCUUUAAUUGUUUAUUUGUAUUCUUGACUUGGAAAAAAAUAAAUUCACUCACUAUAAUUUA